AGUGCUGAAGCCGGUCGCCUGCUGCGCGCACCGCGCCGCCUCCGCGCCGGGUCCCUGCGCCUCACGCCCGCCCCGCGCCGGCCCCGCCCCACCCCGCCCCGCCGCGGCCGGUCCACUGCUCCCAGCGGGUCGGAGCCGGCCGAGCGGCUGCCCGCCGGGGCUCUGAACGGCGCGGCGGGGCCGGGAGCCAGGGACCCGCCGAGGAGAGCGGCGGCCCCUGACGGCUGCCGGAGGGGCGGCCGAGCGUGGAUGCAGCGGGAGCCGGAAGCCUCGAGCAGCCGGCGCCGUCUCUGCCCCCGGGCGCCCUAUGGCUUGAAGAGCCUGGCCACCCCGUGGCCCCGCUGCCCCAAUGGAUCCACUGAACCUGUCCUGGUACGAUGACGAUCUGGAGAGCCGGAACUGGAGCCGGCCCUUCAACGGGUCCGAAGGGAAGGCCGACAGGCCCCACUACAACUACUAUGCCAUGCUGCUCACCCUGCUCAUCUUCAUCAUCGUCUUCGGCAACGUGCUGGUGUGCAUGGCCGUGUCCCGCGAGAAGGCGCUGCAGACCACCACCAACUACCUGAUCGUCAGCCUCGCCGUGGCCGACCUCCUGGUGGCCACGCUCGUCAUGCCCUGGGUGGUCUACCUGGAGGUGGUGGGCGAGUGGAAAUUCAGCAGGAUUCACUGUGACAUCUUUGUCACUCUGGACGUCAUGAUGUGCACAGCAAGCAUCCUGAACCUGUGUGCCAUCAGCAUCGACAGGUACACAGCUGUGGCCAUGCCCAUGCUCUACAACACACGCUACAGCUCCAAGCGCCGAGUCACCGUCAUGAUCGCCAUCGUCUGGGUCCUAUCUUUCACCAUCUCCUGCCCGCUGCUUUUUGGACUCAACAACACAGACCAGAACGAGUGCAUCAUCGCCAACCCCGCGUUCGUGGUCUACUCCUCCAUCGUCUCCUUCUACGUGCCCUUCAUCGUCACCCUGCUGGUCUACAUCAAGAUCUACAUCGUCCUCCGCAGGCGGCGCAAGCGGGUCAACACCAAGCGCAGCAGCCGGGCUUUCAGGGCCAACCUGAAGGCCCCACUCAAGGGCAACUGCACGCACCCCGAGGACAUGAAACUCUGCACCGUUAUCAUGAAGUCUAAUGGGAGUUUCCCAGUGAACAGGCGGAGAGUGGAGGCUGCCCGCCGAGCCCAGGAACUGGAGAUGGAGAUGCUCUCCAGCACCAGUCCACCCGAGAGGACCCGGUACAGCCCCAUCCCGCCCAGCCACCACCAGCUGACUCUGCCCGACCCGUCCCACCACGCCCUCCACAGCACACCUGACAGCCCUGCCAGACCAGAGAAGAAUGGACACGCCAAAGAUCACCCCAAGAUUGCCAAGAUCUUUGAGAUCCAGUCCAUGCCCAAUGGCAAAACCCGGACCUCCCUCAAGACCAUGAGCCGCAGGAAGCUCUCCCAGCAGAAGGAGAAGAAAGCCACCCAGAUGCUCGCCAUUGUUCUCGGCGUGUUCAUCAUCUGCUGGCUGCCCUUCUUCAUCACCCACAUCCUGAACAUACACUGUGACUGCAACAUCCCGCCCGUCCUGUACAGCGCCUUCACGUGGCUGGGCUACGUCAACAGCGCCGUGAACCCCAUCAUCUACACCACCUUCAACAUCGAGUUCCGCAAGGCCUUCCUGAAGAUCCUACACUGCUGACCCUGCUGCCCACCUGCUCAGCAGCCUGCGUCCCACCUCCCUGCCCCGUGGCCCCGCCCCGGGCCCGGGGAGCCUCUGACGGGGGUAGGGGGGCGCUGGGUCGACUUGGCCUUCUCUUCGCCCACAGACCCUGCAGUGUUAGCUCGGCUCCACGACCCUCACUGGCCCACACCCUGGCGCUGCCGGGGCAGAGCUGGAGAGCCAGCCAUGGCGCCAGGCCUUGGGCCGGAGCCCUGGCUUGGGGGUAGCUCACAGAGCCCCUUCCACUUUCAGGCCCCCUUUCCUUGGCACCAAAGACGCAGCCCCCCUUCUCUGACCUUGCUCUGGGGCUCUGGGGUUGUGGGGACAGUGUCAGGGCCCAGAGGCCAGUGUCACCGGCCUGUGCUGGAGCAGGUGUAGGGAGGGUUGGACAGUUCACGCCCCCCAAGGCCCACCCAGGAAAGCCAGAGCUCUUGCCAAGGCACCGAGCCACUUCCGGCCUGGGAGACCCAUGUAAAUACCAGGUCCGGGUGGACCCCAGGGAAGCCCAAGCCCCAAAAUCUUUACCAUGCAUCCCCCAACCCCCCGCACCUGAGCCUGACAGGAGUUGUACUUCCAUCCACAGCAGGGGGCCCGGACCCCACCCCAUACCCCUGAGCAGAGAGGCCCCGACCCCAAGAGUCCAGGAGGGUCUGUGGGGAGAGGAGCCCCACCCCAGGCCCCCUCUGCUGCCCCUGGUGGACAGGGCAUCCUUCUCGUAGCAACUGCUGGGCCAACCGAGAGGAAGGCAGGCUCCUGACACGCUGGGGCCCGGGUUGGGGGGCCCGAGGUCCUGAGAGGGGCUGCCCCUGCCACCCUCCGCCACAAGCCACUAGCCUUGCCUCUUCCUUUUGCCUCUUCGCUCUCCUGUCCCCUUUCCCUUCCACCGCCUCCGCCUUAGAGGAGCCCGUGGCUGAGUGGCCGCUGAAUACUGUUGGGUCUGGCCUGGCCCUGCCUGCGGGAGGAGGGGGAGCUGCACUCAGGGGGAGCCCCCCCCGCCCCGAACUCUGUAACAUCACUACACAUGCUCCAACCUAAUAAAACUUUGACAAGAGUCA